AGGGGCGAAAAGGGGCGCCUCUGCCUUCUGCUCUCACGCACAAGGAGGAGGACACACCGCGCUCCUCCUCCUCUCCUCUGAGACGCGACAACACCCCAAAUCUCAGAUCAAAACACCACACCGCUACCGGAGGAGGAGCCAGGGAUCCACUGCCUCAAUCCAAGCAAUCGAGCGCCGAGAGCUCCGCCGCCGCAGUUCAAGCUUGGAUUCCCCUGGAUCUGAUGGUGUCGGCCUCUUGGAGAUUGUAAUUCAGCGAGUUGAAUUGAAACCGUGCAAGUAGAUAUGACUUCUCUGAAGAAAUCUGACAAGAAGGCUGUCCUCGACUUUGCAGCAUGGAGUUUCAAUGUUACCACAUCAGUUGGAAUCAUCAUGGUCAACAAAGCUUUAAUGGCUACAUAUGGAUUCAGUUUUGCCACAACAUUAACUGGGCUUCAUUUUGUGACUACCACAUUGAUGACACUAGUAUUUCGGUGGUUAGGCCUGAGCCAGCCCUCCCACUUACCGCUAGCAGAUCUGAUUAAAUUUGUGAUAUUUUCAAACUUGUCAAUUGUUGGGAUGAAUGUGAGCUUGAUGUGGAACUCUGUGGGCUUUUAUCAGAUUGCAAAGCUGUGCAUGAUACCUGCCUCAUGUCUUCUGGAGGUUGUCUUUGAUCAUGUACAUUAUUCCCGGGACACAAAGCUGAGCAUAAUGGUUGUGCUUAUAGGAGUUGGAGUUUGCACGGUUACUGAUGUCAGUGUGAAUGCAAGAGGUCUGGUUGCGGCUGUUAUAGCUGUUUGGAGCACAGCUUUCCAACAAUACUAUGUUCAUUUUCUCCAAAAGAAGUACGCCCUGAACUCGUUCAACCUCCUGGGCCACACUGCUCCAGCCCAAGCAGGGUCCCUCCUGCUAGUGGGACCAUUUGUCGAUUACUUGUUGACAGGCAAAAGGGUGGAUCACUUCAAUUUCUCAUCUCUUGCUCUGUUUUUCCUCACACUCUCAUGCUUCAUCGCCAUUGGUGUCAAUCUGAGCCAAUUCAUCUGCAUUGGGCGGUUCUCUGCUGUAUCCUUCCAAGUCCUAGGCCACAUGAAGACCGUGCUUGUUCUGUCCCUUGGGUUUCUCUUCUUUGGCAAGGAGGGCCUGAGCCUUCAGGUAGUCCUCGGUAUGGUCCUCGCUGUUCUUGGGAUGAUCUGGUACGGAAACGCAUCGGCUAAACCAGGAGGCAAAGAAAGGCGCAGCAUCCUGCCGGUGAGGUCUACAAGUCUCAAGGGAAGCUCAGAAGAAACGGAUGGUGCCGAGAAAUAGUUCUUGCUGUCUGACUCCAACUGAGAUGGGGAAUUUUCAUGUGAGAUUAAAUUUCUGGUGACGCGAGUAUAUCACAAAAAAUGGAAACUCUGGCCUUAUGUUGGCCGCAGAAAGGGGAACUCUUCUUCCCGUCUAGAAACUCAGGAUCGUUAUAGUUACAGGUAUACAGUAGUAAAGAUUCGUUUUCUGGCUCUGUGAAUCAUUUGUAGCGAGCGGAAUGACACAUGUGACUAUGUGAGGCUUCAAGACAGCUUUACCCGGGAUAUAGUGUUUUCAUUUUUUUUGUUUGGAAAAACAUAGCCUUCUGUACGCCAUGCGAAUUUGUUCUGAUCACUGCAUGAGGUUGUUGAAUUGCAGUAACAAAGAUUUGAAGCUAUAGGUGUUGACGGUUCAAA